GGGUGGGGAUGGCUAGGGCUCCAAGCUGAGGCAGGGAGUGGUGGGCUGCUGCGCUGAAGCUGGAGCCAGAGCCGGUGUCGGAACCCGAGCGUUACCAUGUCCACGCAGAGACUUCGGAACGAGGACUACCAUGACUACAGCUCCACCGACGUGAGCCCGGAGGAGAGUCCGUCCGAAGGCCUGAACAACUUCUCUUCCUCGGGAUCCUACCAGCGGUUCGGGGAAAGCAACAGCACAACGUGGUUCCAGACCCUGAUCCACCUAUUAAAAGGCAACAUUGGCACAGGACUCCUGGGGCUGCCUCUGGCCGUGAGAAAUGCAGGCAUCUUGAUGGGUCCCAUCAGCCUGCUGGUGAUAGGCCUCGUGGCUGUGCACUGCAUGGGUAUCCUGGUGAAGUGCGCUCACCACUUCUGCCACAGACUGAACAAGCCCUUUGUGGACUAUGGGGAUACGGUGAUGUACGGCCUGGAAGCCAGCCCCAUCUCCUGGCUCCGGAACAAUGCCCACUGGGGAAGGCACACUGUGGACUUCUUCCUAAUCGUCACGCAGCUGGGAUUCUGCUGUGUCUAUUUUGUCUUUCUGGCUGACAACUUCAAACAGGUGAUAGAAGCAGCCAAUGGGACCACCACCAACUGCCACAACAACGAGACGGUGAUCCCGACGCCCACCAUGGACUCGAGACUCUACAUGCUCGCCUUCCUGCCCUUCCUGGUGCUUCUGGUGUUCGUCAGAAACCUCCGAGCCCUGUCCAUCUUCUCCCUGUUGGCCAACAUCACCAUGGUGGUCAGCCUAGUUAUGAUCUACCAGUUCAUUGUUCAGGAUAUCCCAGACCCCAGUUUACUCCCCUUGGUGGCAUCCUGGCGGACCUACCCUCUGUUCUUUGGCACGGCCGUUUUUGCAUUUGAAGGCAUCGGGAUGGUUCUGCCCCUUGAAAACAAAAUGAAGGAUCCCGGGAAGUUUUCGCUCAUCCUCUAUGUGGGAAUGGCUAUCGUCACUGUCCUCUACAUCAGCCUGGGGAGUCUGGGGUACCUGAAAUUUGGAACUAAGAUCCAAGGGAGCAUAACCCUCAACCUGCCCAACUGUUGGCUGUACCAGUCAGUUAAGCUGCUCUAUUCCAUCGGCAUCUUCUUCACCUACGCCCUCCAGUUCUACGUCCCGGCCGAGAUCAUCAUCCCCUUCUUCGUGGCCCGUGCGCCUGAGCAUUGGGAGCUGGUGGUAGACCUAUCCGUGCGCACCAUGCUGGUCUGCCUGACAUGCGUCUUGGCCAUCCUCAUCCCCCGCCUGGACCUGGUCAUCUCCCUGGUGGGCUCCGUGAGCAGCAGUGCGCUGGCCCUCAUCAUCCCGCCCCUCCUGGAGAUCGCCACCUACCACUCAGAGGGCAUGAGCCCCGUCACCAUCGUCAAGGACGCCCUGAUCAGCCUCCUGGGCUUCGUGGGCUUUGUGGUGGGGACGUAUGUGACCCUCUACGAGCUGAUCCAGCCCAGCAGCACUCCCAUCUUAGUCAACUCCACCAGUGCCUUUGUAUAGUGGGCUGGGUGCGUUCCCUGCACCGGCCCACUCCGCCCUGUAUGUUCCCCAGCACCUGGCCCCAGAGCCUCAGGUAGGGUCCGGGCUCUGGGGAAAGGCAAGGUUGCCAUCCACGUACCCUUACCUGGCACCUGGGUUCCCUGAGCCAGGUAGGGAUGAGGGCAAGGUAGAGGGUGGGCAGCAGAUAUGCAGGAGGUACCUCUAGGGGCAGUGCCAUCUCUGUUCAUUUGUACUUAUUUUAACCCGGAACUUUUCAACUCUUUUCCCUGAUCACGCCUCCUCCCUUACUGCCUGCCCUUCUCCUUCUGACCCACCUCAUCCAAAUUAUUCCUGUUGCACAGCUCACUUUAUUUAAAAAUUUUAGUGUCUCUCACCUCAUGUUUUCUCCUUGCCCGGGCCAGGCCUAGAUGAAGUCAGUGGGAAUGCCCUUCUUUAUGCCCUUGCCGGGCCCAUCUCUUAUCUCUCUCCCAAAUAUUUUACCUCAAUAUUCUCCUACCUGUUCAAGUCUCCACCUCGUAGUGGAGCCUACCUAGUAGUUUAAAACCAGCUGCCCAAAGCUGGAGUUUUUAGCCUUCACUGUCUCUGGCGUUCUGUCAUCCUCCGCGACACCUCCUCUUCUCCGGUUUCCUCGUGUGGGUCACGGUACUGUUAUUAUCUUAGUUGCUGGAACUCCUGGAAGGUAUCAAGUGCUGCCAAAAUUGAAAAUAUUUAUAUUUUAUUUA